AUUAAACACACUGGAUUCAAUGACUGAUACCCCAAAACAACAACAACGUACUCAACAACAAAAUAAUGAAGAUAUCAUACCAAGAAAAAAAGUACUCGGAUUACUACAAUUCUUAGGACCACCAGUGGGUUGUAAGGUGUUUCAACACGUUAGCGAAUUAGCCACAUUACCUGGAUUGGAUUUGGACUCUGGUAUGUCAAGAAUCGCUUUUAUGCCAAUCUGGCUCCAUGUCCCAGCGGAUAAGGAAUGGGAUGCAGAGGAGAUCUGCAGAACCGGAUUGAAGUUACCACAAGGAGGUGUCGGUAACAAAGCACCUGUCUUAGAAGAGCAUUUAUGCAAAAUAGGUAGACCAGAUAUUGGUAUCGAACACUGGUAUGAAAUGGGUGACUGGGUUUGUUCAGAGUGUCGUUUCUUAUGUUGGGCAUCCAAAAACGAGUGUAGGGAAUGUGGUGCGCGUGGAAAUGAUCCAGUCAACAAGUCUCAAGUACAGACUGCACGCCCACAGCAACCACCAGUCAGAGUCGCGUUGAGAAAUGCUCUUUGUGUUGAGGCUUUGGACGCCUUCGGUAAAGGUGAAACAGUGAUGUUGAUAUCCGGUGGAGAGAAGAUCGAGACAGGCACGGCUGCAUCCAGACGCUCCCCAGAGGCUGACAAGAAGAGAAUACCAAUUACACCAGUCAAGGUGCACUCGAAUAUACCACCAAUGCCACAUUCAGCACCUCUCCCAAUGCGUAGUGGCUCAGGAUCUUCCAUUGGCUCUGCCGGAGGAACAUCUAAACCUCCUGCCACAGCUACUGCACCUAAUGCCCCUGCUCCGGCUGCUGCAACUGUAAAGCCUCCACCACGUAUCACAUCCACUUCGCCACUGCCAACGUCGACCAGUUUCGAUACGACCUGGAUGCCAACGGCAAACUCAAACACGUCCAUCUUGUCAGAGAACAACGGUUUCUUAUCAAGACAGCGCUCUAGAGCAAACAACUCAAGACGUAACCCACCUACACCACUCCUUCCUAUUUUCGCGUCUGGCUGGUCACAACAAGAACGCACGCUCUCUCCAACUCCUUUGAAGAGCAGCACUGGAUUACUUACACCAAUUUCCUCACCAAUAUCUACCACAUCGGAAAACUUCAACUUGGCCGACCUGCACAUGGAUGCGCAGCCUAUUGAACGUAGACCUUCAACAUCAUCGACUACGGUUAAACCAAUUGGACCGCCAAAGCAAGGAUUCAAUAUGAGCUUACCGUCACCACCGCAAUCAGCUAACUCGUCACCUAACAAGUUUGACCCAUUCAACGACCCUAAAGACAUACCAACAACUCCUUCUGAGCAAGACGUCGAGGAUGCGCUAUUCAAAGCAUCAACAGCACUCGUGGAGUUUUGCUUAAACUGA